AAUGUGAAUUGACAUUUGCUAUUGGAUGUAAUGUAUUCGUAAUUAUUUUAUUUUUUUAAUAAUUUAAAAUUUAUAUAAAUCAGAUACGUAAACGUUAUUAAUUAAUGCUCAUUGCUUUGUGAAUACAUAGUCAGUUCUUUUAAUAUAGUCUAAUAAUGCUGUGAAUCUUGUCUGAAUAUUCUCAUUUCGAAAAGAUUAAUCAAUGGCCGGUUUUGGCGAUCAUAGUUCCUUUUCAUACAAACGGCCCUUUAGGUUGGAACGUAACAAAGAAACGAGCGAUAUAUAUGACACACGCUAUCAACAAAUAUAUGGAUAUCAUACUCCUUUAAACGAGGAGUACCAAGGACCUCCUCUAGUCAUGGAUGACACAUCUGAAGAAGAACCCAAUACAUACAUUACAACUGCUAUAAGUGUGGCGAGCUUGUUGACUGAGAAUCUAUUGAGUCAUCCAUUUAUUGUUUUACGGAGACAGUGUCAAGUCCAUAAUUGCUUAAAAAAUUAUCACAUUGUGCCCUACACACUACUGCCUGUUGUGGCUCGUCUACACAGAAGGCAAGAAGUUACAACUCUAUGGAAAGGUAUUGGAUCCACAUGCAUAGUCAAGGGUUUGAAUCUAGCGGUUGAAGAUGUUUUAUCAAAAGUUACUGGUUGGCCAAAGGAAUUCAAACAGUGUGGCUCCAUUCUACAAUACAUGCAGCACAUAACAUUGAAAUGUAUUAGCAUUGCCAUAAUAACACCAUUCUACUCAGCUAGUUUAGUGGAAACAGUCCAAAGUGAUAUUGCUAGUGAUAAGCCAGCACUUCUUGAUGUGUUCAGAGAUGGAUUUAUGCGCAUAUUAGAGUGGGGCUCACCCAGUCGAGGUAGAAUGCUUCCAAUAUGGGCCAUUGUCCUACCAACAGCAACAUUUGGGAUCACUAAGUACCUUGCACAAUUAAUCCUUAAGGGAAUAACAGUAAGAGUCCUGAGAUUCAAACAACGGCACAGGCAUGAGCUGAGUGACUCCUACAAUAUUAACUCAAAAAAUGCCUCAAACCCAUUAAUUGAAGAUAUUAAUUUAAAAGCAAAUAUAUUUUCAUUUAUUACAAUGGAAAUUAUCUUUUACCCAGUAGAGACAAUUAUUCACCGCCUUCACAUACAGGGUACCAGAACGAUUAUUGACAAUCUAGAUACAGGCACAUCUGUCACACCUAUUUUAACUGGAUACCAAGGCUUUUUUGAUUGUUACAACUCUACAAUCGCUAAGGAAGGAGUUGGUGGGCUAUAUAAGGGUUUUGGAGCACUGGUUCUUCAGCUGGCAGCUCAUCUAGCUAUAAUAAAAUUAACAACACUUGUAGUCUCGGAAAUGACAAAUUUAUUGAAACCAGCAAAUUCACCUACAAAUUCAGAUGAGUCUGUUCUGAAUCAGCAAAAAUAUCUUUUUAAUUAGAAGUUAUAGCAAAAUAAUUAUAACAAAUAAAUUUUAUUUGCCUUACAUUAACAAUAAAAUUGUUCUUAUAUUUAUUUUAUUGUGAAAAUAUUGUAUAGGCUUUUUGUUAAAAAUCUUUAAUUGAUAAAACUUUUAUUUAACAAUAAUUUGCUAUUUGUAUCUAGUUGUAAGUAAAAUGUCAAAAAUAUUAUCAAAGUACAAUAGUAAAACGAAUCUUCAUAAAAUCAAA